GGAUGUCACCCCGAGCACUGCCACCAGCUCUCCCCCAAGCUCUCCAGCUGCCUGGCUGCACCCCACAGCACAACACAUACACCCCUGGGAGCCAGAGGCGUGCAGGGAGCCCAGACUCCUGCUCAGCAUCACUUCCUACUUUCGCUUUGGUGCAGAGCGGAGUCCUGGCCUGGGGUAAGCGGGUUCCCCCCAACCCCUUGGGUGGCACAGGUUCAAAAGGAGAAGCAGGCCAACAGUGUGGGCACAGAGACACGACAGCAUUCCCUCAGCACCCAACAAGCACCUCGGGGCACUCCACAGCUCCCCAGCAACAGACCACCAGGCGACAGUCAUGGCAAGGGCUGGAGAGCAUAACCGCAUUAUCAAGGACCUGCAGAAGACCGUGGCAGAGCUGAACCACAGCUACCGGGAGCAGAACCUGCCAGUGACGGAUGGGAGCCGGGAGCUACACAGCCUCUGUGCCCAGCUGGAGUUCCUCCUCCAGUUUGACCUCAAAGAGAAGAGAAGCUUCUUCGGGCAGCGCAAGGACUAUUGGGACUUCUUGUGCCAAGGCCUGUCGCGGCGCCGGCAGGAGCAUGAGGGUGUUCGCUUCGUCACCUCCCUGGACAAGCUGAAGACCCCCGUGGGCAGGGGCCGAGCCUUCCUGAGGUACUGCCUGGUGCACCGGCAGCUGGCAGAGUCCCUACAGCUCUGCCUCCUCGACCCCGAGAGCCUCUGUGAAUGGUACUACGCCCGCAGCCCCUUCCUGAACCCCCAGCGCCGGGCAGAGAUCCUGGGCACCCUCUACGAGCUGGAUGGUGUCAGCUUCCACCUGGCCCUGUACAGGGCUGACCUGGACACAGCCUGGCCCAUGUUUUCUGAGGCACUGGUACGGCCCAGCCUGGCAGCCAGGAGCAGCCCAGCAAAGGCAGUCCUGCAGACAAAUAGCGCCAGCACAGGGGAGCAUGGAUGGCCCAAUAGCAUCGACCGUCCCACCAUGGCACCCCACAGGGUGCUAGCCCACUCAUACCCACCUGCCUUGGCUGCCCGGUGGGUGAGGGGUGUAGAGGUGGAGGAUGUGGAGGACGUGGAGAUGAAGAAACACAUGGAAGAUGAAGACAGAACGGAGGUGGAGGAGAAUGUGGAGGUGGAGAAGGAUGUAGAAGAGGAGGAUGAAGAGGAUUUGGAGCAGGAUGAGAAGGAGAUGGAGGAUGUGGAGUUUGAGGAGCUGAAGGAUGCACACGGCACUGGCAAAACAACACAGCAGAAUGGUGAUGAGGAGCCUAGCACGUCCCUGCCACAUGGAACAGGGUGUGUGCUGGGCUCCUCACCACUGGUGCCUGGACAGCCGUGCAGGACGGAGGCGUCCCUGUGGGCACUGGUGUCCCGGCUGCAGGCUGAGCUGGAGGAGCAGGAAGCAGCAUCGCGGGCACUGGCAGCCCGGCUGGCACGGGAGGAGCAGCGACACCGACAGCAGGAGGAAAGCAGUGCCCAGUGGGCCCAGCUGCGGGCACAGGAGGCUGAGGCACUGAGGGAGACCAACGCCUUCCUGGAGCGGACACUGGCAGAGGUGGUGGCAGCAGGGAACCCAGGGAUGCUGGCGCGGGCACAGGAGGAGGCGCAGAGCUGGCGGGAAGUGGCAGAGGAGCGGGGCGCCCAGCUGGCAGAGGCGCUGGCAGAGGCAGAAGCACUGGCCUCACGCCUGCAGGACUGCCAGGCAGCACUGGCAGCAGCAGGACAGAUGGACAUGUUGGAGGGUGCUAGUGCCCCAAACGAGGCGGCUGCCGUGGAAGAGGUGCUGCGGCAGGCAUUGGAGCUUGCCCGCUUCCCCCAGGAGCCCCUGCUGGACCCCGAGGCAGAGGGGGAGCUCAGCACAGCCACUGGCAUGGCCAUGCACCUGGCCACCUUGGCCACCACGGCACAGGAGGAGGCCAAGCAGAGCCGGCAGCAGCUCCAGGCCCAGCAGCAGGAGGUGGCACGGCUGCAGGAACAGCUCAGCAGUGCCCGGCAGGAUGGGGAGCGCUGGGCAUCGGCGCUGCAGCGGGCGCAGCGGGAGGCCCUGGAGCGGGAAGCCACGCGCGGUGCUGAGCAGGCGAGGCAGCAGGAGCUCAUCCGCGACAUGAAGGGGCGGCUGCUGGAGCUGCUGCGAGAGAAGGAUGCCCUGUGGCAGAAGACGGAGGGCAUUGACACCCCAAUGCCCAGCCCGGUGCCUCACAAUGCAGGGCUCUGUGCCCGCUGCCACAAGGAUUUCCGCCUCCUCUCCCGACGGUACAGCUGCAGGCUGUGCCAGGGCAAGGUGUGCCACACAUGCUCUGUGGACAUGGGCAAGCAGGGGCGCUGCUGCCUGCUUUGCUACCAGCAAAGGCACUCACAGGCUAUGUGAGGUGGGACCACAGCUCUUGCGCCAUGCCUGGGACACCUGCUGCCCUGGCUGCCUCCUCUCGGACUUACUGGAGACCCUGGUGUCAGAAGCCUUGCAGGCAGGUCCUGCUGCCCAGCGUUUUG